UAUUUACAAACCCAAUCCUUCUGAAAUCCCAAUUCCUCGGAUAUUUUUUAGAUGAAGACCUAAUUGUAAGAGCCUGAUUCUGCCCUCUGAAAAACUCCAUUUGGAUUCAUGGAGAGAAAGCAGGAGACGGUCUUUUACAACACGCACUGCCAAGCAGGGCCUGAUCCUACCACUUGCACGUAACAGGAUUUUGGUAUCCCUGGACUCCAGGGGACUUUCUUGCAGGGUGAGAUGCUGCCUGGUGUGCAGGUGGUAGAAUUGGGCCCCUGCAACAGAACUCCUUGUUAUCUCAUUAUUAUCGUGAGGUAGCCAAACUUCAUUUGCUUAACGUGCCUCUUGAUAAGGAAUGAUCUGUGAAGACAGUGACCUGAUAACAGUGUAAGGCUCUGGAUUUCCCAUCUGAAUUCAUGACACUUUUUUUUUUUUUAAUUUUUAUCAUUCUUUGGUUUCCUGUAUGCAAGGAGCCAGUAAUGUAAACAAACAUCAUGUCCCUAGCAUAACUGUCUCUGACACGAAAUCUCUGAAAAUUCUUUUAGUACAUCCAGAAUACGUGGGCAAAGGCUGCAGAAUAAACAUGAUGUUUCUAAGUAUUAAAAGCUUUUUUUUUUUCAUCCUGGUUGCAAACUAAGCAUUGACUACUGUCUUGAUUUUACAGAUUAUUUCAUGCUGAAAUUAUGCCUAUUUGCAUGGAUAGUCAUUCUUUAAAACUAGCCACAGAUGCAGUCCUAGGGAGCACGUAGAUGUUUUUACAGGUGAACCGAAAGAGAUGGGAGCAAUUCCAAAAAGUCUGCAUGCUGCCUUUGGCAAUAUACCCUGUUAUUGUGAAGAUUGUGCUCUGUUAAGCAAAUGUAAAGUUUAAUAUUAGAUAAGCGUCGCAUGAAAAAUAUUUUAAUUUUCCUCAGUGUUAAAUUUUAAGAAACAGGAAAGAGUGUCUAGUGCUUUAUGUGCAAAGUGAGUUUAGCAUCACUAGUUAAUAAGUCACAAAUUAUGUCAAGAGCCUUUUACAAAAUGCAAGGAAGUGUGUUAUCUUUUUAUGCUGUGUUCCUGGGAAACAAUGAGAGUUCAUAUAAAGAGAAGGUAUCUUCCUUUCUCACGCAGCUGAUUGAUGUUAUUUCUUUCAUCUUUCCAUAUUUUUUCUCAUCUUUUCUGCAUGUCACAGGAAGUAAGAUUCUGUGUAUUCAAAAUGUUACGUGUAAGAAGGGCUUCACUGUCCAUUUGAAAUACUGUUCUUGGGCAUUUUUCUAAAGCAGAGAGAUGUGACACUGAACAUGCCUCUUUUCUGCUAUGCAAAAAAUUUCACAUCAGGGUCCCAGGAUUCUUGAGCUGAGCCCAGCUGACAAGCUUUUGAAGAUGGCACAAUAACAGUCCAGUGAUGCCUGACCAUGACAGCACAGCCCUCUUAAGCAGGCAAACCAAGAGAAGAAGAGUUGACAUUGGAGUGAAAAGGACGGUAGGGACAGCAUCUGCAUUUUUUGCAAAGGCAAGAGCAACGUUUUUUAGUGCCAUGAAUCCCCAAGGUUCAGAGCAGGAUGUCGAGUAUUCAGUGGUGCAGCAUGCAGAUGGGGAAAAGUCAAAUGUACUCCGCAAGCUGCUGAAGAGGGCGAACUCAUAUGAAGAUGCCAUGAUGCCUUUUCCAGGAGCAACCAUAAUUUCCCAGCUGUUGAAAAAUAACAUGAACAAAAAUGGUGGCACGGAGCCCAGUUUCCAAGCCAGCGGUCUCUCUAGUACAGGCUCAGAAGUACAUCAGGAGGAUGUAUGCAGCAACUCUUCAAGAGACAGCCCCCAAGAGUGUCUUUCCCCUUUUGGCAGGCCGACUAUGAGCCAGUUUGAUGUGGAUCGGUUAUGCGACGAGCACCUGAGAGCUAAACGCGCCCGGGUUGAGAAUAUAAUUCGGGGUAUGAGCCAUUCCCCCAGCGUGGCAUUAAGGGGCAAUGAAAACGAAAGAGAAAUAGCUCCGCAGUCUGUGAGUCCCCGAGAAAGUUACAGAGAAAACAAACGCAAGCAAAAGCUGCCGCAACAGCAGCAGCAGAGUUUCCAGCAGCUGGUUUCAGCGAGGAAAGAGCAGAAGCGAGAGGAGCGCAGACAGCUGAAGCAGCAGCUGGAGGACAUGCAGAAGCAGCUGCGCCAGCUGCAGGAGAAGUUCUACCAGAUCUACGACAGCACCGACUCCGAAAAUGAUGAAGAUGGCAACCUGUCUGAAGACAGCAUGCGCUCUGAAACCAUGGACGCGAGGGCCGGUGACUCCGUCGGCAGGUCGGACAACGAGAUGUGCGAGCUGGACCCGGGGCAGUUCAUCGACCGGGCGCGGGCCCUCAUCCGGGAGCAGGAGAUCGCGGAGAACAAGCCCAAAAGAGAAGGUCCCAAGGAGAAGGAGCAAGGGCCGAAUGCCUUCCACCCCGAAGGCAAACACUUGGCCGAGACGCUGAAGCAGGAGCUCAACACCGCCAUGUCGCAAGUUGUGGACACGGUGGUCAAGGUCUUCUCGUCCAAGCCCUCCCGCCAGCUUCCUCAGGUCUUCCCGCCUCUCCAGAUCCCGCAGGCGAGGUUCGCUGUCAACGGGGAGAACCACAACUUCCACACGGCCAACCAGCGCCUGCAGUGCUUCGGGGACGUCAUCAUUCCCAACCCCCUCGACACCUUCGGCAGCGUCCCCAUGCCCGGCGCCACCGACCAAACCGAGGCGCUGCCCCUCGUCGUCCGCAAAAACUCCUCCGACCAAUCCGCCUCGGCCCCGCCGGCCGGCGGCCACCACGCCUCCCUGCACCAGUCCCCGCUCUCGGCCACCGCCGGCUUCUCCACCUCCUCCUUCCGCCACCCCUUCCCGCUGCCCCUCAUGGCCUACCCCUUCCAGAGCCCCCUGGGUGCCCCAUCGGCCUCCUUCCCGGGGAAAGAGCGCGCCUCCCCCGAGUCCCUCGACCUGACCCGGGAGACCACCAGCCUGAGGACCAAGAUGUCGUCGCACCACAUGAACCACCACCCCUGCUCGCCGGCCCACCCCCCCAGCGCCGCCGAGGGCCUCUCCUUGUCCCUCAUAAAGUCCGAGUGCGGCGACCUGCAAGACAUGUCCGAAAUCUCGCCCUAUUCAGGAAGUGCAAUGCAGGAAGGCUUGUCACCGAAUCACUUGAAAAAGGCCAAGCUCAUGUUCUUUUACACCCGGUACCCAAGUUCCAAUAUGCUGAAAACCUACUUCUCAGACGUAAAGUUCAACAGAUGCAUUACCUCUCAGCUCAUCAAGUGGUUUAGCAAUUUCCGUGAGUUUUACUACAUUCAGAUGGAGAAGUAUGCGCGGCAAGCCAUCAACGACGGGGUCACGAGCACUGAGGAGCUGUCUAUAACCAGAGACUGUGAGCUGUACAGGGCCCUGAACAUGCACUACAAUAAAGCAAAUGAUUUUGAGCAGGUUCCAGAGAGAUUCCUGGAAGUGGCUCAGAUCACGUUACGGGAGUUUUUCAAUGCCAUUAUCGCAGGCAAAGAUGUUGAUCCUUCCUGGAAGAAGGCCAUAUACAAGGUCAUCUGUAAGCUGGACAGUGAGGUCCCUGAGAUUUUCAAAUCCCCAAACUGCCUACAAGAGCUUCUUCAUGAGUAGAGAGUUCAGCAGCUAUUUAUGAAUGUAUGAAAGUAGCAGUCCCCUUCUGAUGCCCAAGUCAUGUGUGUCUCUAUUUUAAUUUCAUAUAUAUGUGUAUUGCAUACAUAUAUAUGUAUAUGAAAUUAGACUGUGAUCCCUCCUGGAUUUAAGUUUUCGUUCAGUUCCAAGGGGAUGGUUAUUUUACUUCAGCCUUCAGUUUACUUUUGCCCGAGACCCUUAACAUUUGGAGAAUCAACGGGGUUAAUUUUCAGGGAGAAGAGUUUGGAAGUGUGUAAAAGCCUGUCUUAGCAAGUUAGGGCAUUAUGUUUAAAAAUGCUUUGUCAGAUUUAUUGCUUGCUGCAAAGUGGCAUUUUGUCUUAGUGAGACUAAUGUCAUGGCACAAUACUACAGACAAUGAAGUUUAUAUUAUGUUUAUACUGCUAAAGGUCUGAACUCUGUGGAGUCACUUCAUAAGCUUCGAGCUUUUUUUUUUAUUUUAUAUACUUUUUAACCAGUAACUAGAUUUUGUUUCAUACUUCAGAAACCUACAACACUGAUUUUAGGUACUCACUCCAAGAAGUGAUACCCAAAAAAGCAAACCCUAUUCUUCAUGCUUUCCUUACAGAAAUGAUAAAUACCCUGCACCAGUAAUCAACAUGCCAGGUUGUUUCUCUAAAUUGCAGCAAGGGACAUUUGCACAAAUCAACUACCGUUCUUGCAGGGUGAGGCCAGUAAUUCAUGCACAAUAUUGUAUCAACCACACUAAUUUUGGAAUAUGGUCAGCUUUAUUAAAGCGGAAGCAUUUCACUCUCCAUAGAGUAAAAAUGAAACCUUCAGCAUCCUAUAUUGCCGUGUCUCGAUCUUACUUUAAGUGGCACUAGUCCCUAAAUUUAUUCUUUUCUUAGUCCAUUCUGCCCCCAAAAUCACCUUUCCAGUAUACAAAGUUUUCUGUCUGUAUUCAACAUCUGUCCUGAAAAGCACUUUUUGAAUUAUCUUAGAUAUAGUAGAAGAAAAUGUCUUCACCUCACAGUGCUGAGGCAAAGGAAAAAAAAAAGACUUGUUUGUAGCUGUAAAAUAUAAUUAGUGUUUUCCUAAUCAGAAGAAUAAAAAUUACAUUUUCAUAAAAAUCUAAUUAAGCAUAUACAAAAAUCGCAGUGUCCUCCUGGCUAUGCAGGGUUCAGAUAGCCAAAUUGGAUUUUUAAAAUUACAGUAAGUGCAGCUUUAAAAAAAAAAUCUAUUUGAGUAAUGCACUGCACUUGUCUUCUGAAGCUGGAGCUAGUCUUGACCAAAAUCUGAGCUACAGUUUAAAGUCCAUGAUGGAUCUGGGUUCACUUGAAUGCUAUACCAUGAUAUGUCAGCAGACAGAAAGAAAGCUAGCUGCUAGUUCUCGUGCUUUCUUCAGUGGCUCUCCUUUUCUCAUGUUUUCAGAAAGGUAUUGUCUCCACAAGUUUGGGGGAAGGUUGAAUAUGCUAUGGCACUCUGUAUUUGUCAUUUUCUCUGUCGUCUUUUGUACGGAUGCAGUAAGAAUUUAUUGUUAUCAUCAAUAGUAUUUUCCCCUUCAUAAUUCAGUCUGAAUCUAGAGGAAGUUCCUAAUUAGCUGUGAAUUAUAUUUAGACCAUCAAGGAUAUUGGUAUCUUAUUUCUUUAUUUUAAAAUUACAUUUUGACUUUGGAGAGUGAAAGUUUACCCAUGUGACUAAAGAGCUGACCUGAUCAUUGCAAUUUCACUUCAUUUACAAAUACUGCUGAUAGACAGAAAUGUAUGAAAGCAAUUAUUGUUAGCAGAAAGCCUUAAAAACCUGCUGACUUCAAAUUAAACAGCACAAUCCUACGAUUCCCUGUCAUUCUUUUCAAGCAGUGGCAGUAUCUUUGGAGUAUAGGCAAUGCAGACAAUAGCAUGGGAUGAAGUGCCAACAUUUUCACUAUGCAUUAAAAGCAAAACAAAUCUUCUUGAUCUUAGGCUCCCUGAGAGUACCUAAUACUGUACGUAUCCUUACAGUAGACAGGAUGUGUCCUUUCCUUUCCUUUCUUUUCUUUUUUUCUUUUUUCUUUUUUCUGUGCAUGAUUUGGUAAACAUUACACUUCAUAAAGAUGUAACUCCAAUGAAUUCCGAGUAAGAAAGGAUGAAAAUUGUGUUCAUGCACUUUUUUGAUUUAUGGGAAGAAGUGGCAUAAAAUGCUCAAGUUUUAAUACACUAAGUUCAUAAUUGGCAUACCAUCAGAUACAAAAUAUAACACUGCAUUGUCACCUUGGACAUAAGAAAGCAAAGCCAUACUUUAGUCAUACUAUGUGGACAUACUACUAGCUACCAUCUCAAUCUGUGAUUUUACCGUUGCUUUUAUUAUGUUUAUUAUUAUUAUUAUUAAUAUUAUUAUUAUUAUUAUUAUUAUUUGGCUGCAAUGUGAUUCACAUAAUCUAAAUAAGUGAAAUUGUGUACUCAACACUUGAUGUUGUUGCAUUUAUUUAUUUAUUUAUAAGUAGCAUAAUCUCAAUAGUAAAUGAGGCAUAGGAAUUAAGAGUAGAAAUUUCAUCUUAAAAGCAAAAUAAAAAACUCCUUGGUCUGAAAAAGGAAUAAAGGAUAAUUUGAUCAUUUCAGUUAUGUGAUUUUUUUCUGCAUUUUAUAGCCAUAUUGCCUUUGUGCCUCCCAAUACACCUAAAAUUAUAAAUACACAGCAUAGCUCCUACUAAAUUAUAAGUGGAAAGCAGUUUCUUUCAAAUGCUCUCAAUAUUAUUUCACUAAAAAUGGCUAAAAGGCAGGAGGCUACUUUUAUUGUAAUGAAAAGUUUACAUAGGGAAAGAGUUUCAAAAUCCAUGUAGAAACCCCAUGUUGCCACUCAUUUACUGCUAAUUCAGAUUUAUUUCUGCAUAUAAACUUGAGGUUAUAGUCUGUGCCUAGACCUUAAAUGCACCAGCGGAAGGAUAAAAAAAAUCCUUCAAAAUACCAGUUUUUCCCCCACAAGUACAAUUGUUCUUGUGCCUUCUGUGGCUUACAAUUUUCAUCUUUUAAACUUUAUUUUUCAAUUACUACAGCUGCAAUAAACACUGAUUUUUUUUUUUUUCCGGCUGUUUGACAUAAUGUUGAUAGCUAUGCAUAUUUUGUGUCUUUUUAAAAAUUAAAAAAAAAAACAAAGCAGGAGAAUACGUUUUUGAAGAAGAGAAUUUUUAGAACAGUUUGAUAACGCAAAUUAUUUUUUCUCAAUUGUUUGAGCAGCAUUCAAGUUUUGAAAAUUCUUGUAGAAGCCAAUUUUUUGUAACUGUGGUGCAAAUCUUGUGUUUUCUUAGCCUGAUGAAAAGUAGUAUAGAAGCAAUAUUUCAUACGUGACAUGUGCAUAUACAUAUACAUAUGUAGUCACACACACAGAGACAAAAUGUGUGGGUGUAUGUAUGUUUAUAUACACAGAAACACACACACAUACAAAAUAUGCGUAUGAAGUGAAAAGCUUACCUUUUUCCUAUCUAGAUUAAGAACCUAUUUUAGACAUUUGUUAUGUUUUGUGAAAAGAAUGUUCUAUUUGAAACUACAAAACAUUUAAUUCUUACUGUAUCUCUGGUUGUUUAAUGGGAACGUUUCACAUUUAAUGGUAAACACGUGGAAGAUGUUAGAAUGUAGUAAUUAUUUAAUGAAGUGUUCACCCAUGUAUUCCUGAGGUUUGCUUUGUGCCUCUGAGUAUUAUUUAAUUAAAGUGUUUUAAGUUUGCAGAAUCUUUGUUACUGUACCAGGUAUGUGGGUGAACAUUGAAAAUCGAGGGGAACUUUUAUAAAGCAAUGUAAAUAUUCAACCUUACGGCUGUUCUUGCAUAAAGACAUAAGAUUUUAAUAACUACAUUCUGAAAACAUCUGUUGAAUUUAUAAGAAACACCACAGUAACUGUAUAGAUAGUUGAAAGCAUUCUUGAAAAUCCAGCUCUCUACUUUUAAAAGUUAAGUCUCUUUCAUCA